AUGGAUGCGAACAGCCCGAACAAUGCAGCGACAGGUCAGGGGUCAGACCCGCAGAGACCGCAGCCACGGAUGGUUGGAGGAGGAGAGGCCGAGAAAGGGGUGGUGAGGGGCGUCGGGAGAGCAGGGAGCAGCAACAGCAGCAGCAGCAGCAGUCUGGCGAAGGAGGGCGAGGUUCGCAAGGGCGGCGGGGGCGGGGGCGGGCUGCUGAAGCACAAAAAGAGCAGAGGCGGGUUUCUCCUGCACCACCACCGGAACAAGGACGAGGAGGAGCCGGAGCAGGGGACGCCGACAGGGUCGCCUGGCUCGUCGUCGUUCUUCCACAUCCACCACCACCACAGCAGCGGGGCGGGUGCCGGCGCCGACAGCCACAGCCAGCCGUCCCGGCACCACCAGUCGCUGGCGAACAUCCUGCCGGGGUCCCGGGCCGUGCGCUCAGCCAACAUGGACAGCACGAGAAACACGUCGUCGUCGUCGUCGUCGCCGCCGGUGCCCCACCCGAGGAUCGAGCACAACACCAACUACGGCCCGCACGAGACCAUCAUGAUGAACCGCUCCGCGUCCACGCCCUUCCCGUCCAACCCGCCCGCACACCUGCACUUCCCGCACCACAUCCCGGCCGACGUGGCGGCGCCAGCCGCCGCCUCCAUCAACUCGGCCAACACCGCCGCCAGCUCGAUGAAGAGCUCGGGCAAGAAGAUCUUCAGCUUCACCAAGAAGGCCACCCGGCUAGCCGGAGACCUAGCCUUCGGACGGUUUGAGGACACCAUGGACUACCCCACGUACGCCAUCCCAAACUCACCCUCGCACUCCUCACAAUCCUCUUUUGUCCAGCCGCCGUCCCGCUCGAGCUCCCACUCGAACUCCCACCCGGACUCCCCUUCGCAGUCGUUGCACUCGCAAUCGCACUCGCAGCUGCAGACGCAGACGCAACCGCACUCGCAAUCGCAGUCUCCUUCCCACCAAUCCCAUUUGCCCCAGUUCCACCCGCAAGUCCAGCGCCAGAAGUAUCAGAAGCAGCAGUUGACGAUCGAGUAUCAUACCAAGAUGAAAAACAUCCUGUCUUUGACCAUGAACCACAGCAUGUCCUUCUAUAUCGACUUCCUCCGUUUUUUCUUGAAGUACAUGGACGAUUCGGAGUUGGAUGAUCCCUUCCUCUACUCCGUCACUAGAAACUCGUUUUGGAAUACCUGGUACAUCAAGUACUUGAGGUCGAUCAACGAAACUCUUGAUACUCGCGCUUCUUUACUUGCGGAGAAGGACCAGAACCAACAGAAACAACAGGGAAACCAAGGAAAUGAACAGAUUUCAGUUUCAGAUAGCCUAUGGAGUGACUCCCAUGACCGAGUCUCAGCUUCAGACCCGAAGUUGAAUUCAGGAAGUAACUUAGCUUCUACCUCGACUUUUGAUUCUCAGACUUCCUCGAAUUCACCAGAUGACAUCAAAAGUAAAAUUGCUGAAAUACCCUCGAUCGAUGAAAUCGACGCGGAGAUUUUCCAAGAUCGAAAAAUGGUUUUGCUUUUGUUAUGGCACAACCAGAUAAUCAACAGAUUGUCCAACCACGCGUCGGUCAUCCACAAGUUGUUGUCCAGCCAUGCGAAGAAUUCUGAGAUUUGCAUUAUCACCUCAAAUCGACUUAAACCUUACCAGUCUACUCCAGGAAAUGCCUCUUCCAAGUUGAGUAAAAAUCACAUUUCACCAGCACAUUUAGAACUUAUCGAUGGCUGGCAAUUGAGACAUGAUUUUCCCAACUAUAAAGUCAGCCUUGUGAACAUUUCCGACAGAUUCCAGGUUCUUUUGGACCUGAAAAAUUCUGCAUAUUUACCAGAUGACUUGCAGCAACAAUAUCCGCAUUUCAAUGAUAUCAGCUUUCUUACAGAGGAUUUCAUCAACUCAAAUGUUAAACCGAAGGAAAAGGCAUUUCUGUCAGAUUAUUCUUCAUUCACUGCACCUUCCAUACACAAGUUACCCGUUCGUGAUGAAUCUCAAAUCCUGGUUUAUGCCCCAGAUUUCACGAGAUUAAUCUUCAACGAGAAUGACGUCAAUAUGGGUUUGACAGAGUUUGAAAGAGUCCUCAAACCUGGCGGCUCUAUUUUCCUCAUACUAUAUGAUGUCCUUUCAUUCAAAAACACUUAUACGGUCAAUACUGAACACGAAGUUCGAUUAGGAGAGUACAUUCAAAUUUUCAUCAACAAUGAAAUUUCAAAAUUGUCUAAACUGCCUAACUUAAGUCAGAUCAUUAUUAAAAUCUUGAAGGGUAAAAGUUUCAAGAAGAUUAAAUACGUCAAGCUGGGGAUACCUGUCAUUAGCUUCAACGAGCAACAGCAUGAUUAUGAUGAAAUUAGUGAAAAGAUUUCACAGGAGCAAAUGCACCAAGCUCCUAAGAAGGCUUCUGCCGAACCUGACAUUUUGAUUCCACGUCCGAAAGCUGGUGACGAAAAGGAUGCAGAUGUUGGAACUGAUUACGAUUAUUCUGAAGAAUCUAAUACAACACUCAUACAACCUGUCUCAAAGAACAGAAAUGCUACAUAUGUUAAUGUCAAUUCUCAAAAUCAGAAAACUGACAGCGCUGCAUCUGGUAACACUCGGCAUGCUGCUACAUCUCCAUUUGAAAAUUCAAAGUCAAACCAACAAAGACAACAACGUGAGAACCGUCAUAAGCACAUCCACGAAGCUAAAUCGGCGAGUCGAAAUGGAAGCCCAUAUGCGCCAAAUCCAACAAACACGUUUGACAAUGACUAUGAAAAUGAUGUUCAUUAUGAACAUCGCCAUGAGAAGGAAAAUCUAGGUGAUAUUAGCGAUCAACCGAUAGCCUCAUUAUACUGUAUGCUAUCGUCGUACAUUGAUUUUUUGAGGCUGAGUCAAAUUGUUGAUCUUCAUUCGUGGAUGUCAGAUCCUAUAAAUGGCCACGUCAGAAACAGCGGUUCCUUUUCAGGAGUUGCAGGAUUGACCGAAACAACAGUACAUACGUUGAGACUAUGGCUUGAUUGGAAAUUGCAUGGGUUUGAAGGAGAGAUGGUGAGAAAGAUAGUAUGCGAGAGAAUUAAGGAAGGUAACAUAGACAGAGAAGGUCAUGAUGUGGAAUUAGGAGUGAAAGUGAAGAUACACGAUAUAGGGAACUUGGAGAAAAGAGAGAACCCCCUAAUAUAUUUUGAUGACAUUAGUCAGGAUGUUUUCAACGAUGGAAUCUUGGCUGGACUAGAUUCGAUAAUGUUGGUAACUGCAGAAAAGGGUAAAACCUAA